AUGGCAACGGAUCUUGACCAUCUGCUGACCUCUAUGAGGGGGAUGAAGGUCGAGCUGAUGAUCAGCUGUACGGACUUAGUGGACCUCGAUACCUUCACAAAGUCCGAUCCGAUGUGUGUUCUCUUCGUCAAGUCCAUGGGUAAAUGGGUCGAAUACGACCGUACUGAGUCCAUCAAAAACACCCUAAACCCAAAGUUUGAAAAGUCCUUUGUUAUUGAGUUUGAUCCAAGAACAUACCAAUACAUGCGAUUUUCUGUCUACGAUAUCGACUACAAUAAUUCCAAGUUAGAACUACAAGACUAUGUGGGAUGCGUGGAUCUUAACUUCAUGGAUCUCAUCAACGCCAAAGAAACUAUGUAUACCUGUAAUAAAAUACUUCGAGUUCAAGAAUCUUCUAAACCCCGGGGAACUAUCAGCAUUACGUCGGAGCUCAUGGCGGUAACACGCGAUACAGUCAAUAUACACGUGGCCGCUCGUAAACUUGAUAAGUCGAAGGGCAUGUUCUCUAAAAAGCACGAUGUUUACCUGGAGAUUUCUAAGGAAUUAUCACGUGACUCGGGGAACUUCCAACCCGUGUAUCGCACAGAUGUCUACCCAAAAUCAAACAAACCCAGGUGGCGACCAUUCUCGUUUAAUCUUCAGAAGCUUUGCAACAAUGACUGGACGAGAAAUUUGAGGCUUUCUUGCUAUAGUGGACAGAAGUUUGAAUUGAUUGGCGAUGUGUCAACUACAUUGGCGGAGCUUCAUAAACAAGACACGACAAGAAAAGACAGCUUUAUUACACUGCCACUAACGAAUCCGAAAGACCAGAAUAAACACAAGUGGGACUUGCGCAUCAUCAAGUUUAGAGUUGACAGACAGCAUACUCUAAUCGACUACCUCCGCGGGGGUUUACACCUGAAUCUCAUGAUCGCAAUUGACUUCACGGCCUCUAAUGGAAGUCUUAACGAUAUUUACUCGCUCCAUAACAUACGGGACUUGAAUUCGAACCCGUAUCUACACAUUCUAGAGACAGUCGGUAGGGUGAUUUCAGACUGUAAUUUUGAUAGGAAGGUGGCGCUGUACGGGUUUGGCGCCAAAUGGAAUGAAAAAGAGUAUCCGUCACAUUGCUUCCCGCUCUCAGGUGACAAGACCUCGCCGUACAUGCGAGACAUUGAGGAAGUGAUCCGAAAGUACAAGGACAUCCUUCCUGUUCUGACGUUUUCCGGUCCGACUAUGCUGGCCCCUAUAAUAGACAAGGCAGUAGCACUGGAGGAAAGUCAGAACUCCUCCAGGGAAAACCAUGUGUACAGUGUACUUCUCGUUAUAACGGACGGAGUCAUAAAUGACAUGAACAAUGUGAUAAAGCGCCUCAUAGAAAACAGUCAUAGAGCCUUGUCAGUGGUGUUUGUAGGUGUUGGACCAGCUGAUUUCUCGCUCAUGGAACAUUUCAGCGAUAAUGCUGGUUUACUAAAACUAGAGAAGACAGGAAGGUUUUCAGAGCGUCGCAACACACAUUUUCUGCCAUAUGUGAAGAAAAUGGAAGAUGCAGAAAGCGACAAGCUGUUGAAACGGGACGUUAUGACAGUGUUAUCUAAACAGAUACUGCAGUUUUAUAAGAAUGUGGAGCCCAAUAAACCUAAACUUCGACGUCACGAUCAGCUCAACUCUGUUCCAUGGGAGGCCAUCUUAGCCACUCCGACCGUCGAUGAAGGUGGAAAUCUCGCCAGGUCAAAGUCCAGGAUCAGCGUCUUGUCUGUCAAACAUACGAGAAAUGAGACACUGCAGUAUGAGACAUUUUAUGAUGCGAUAAGUAACAAGUUGACCUUGAUUUUACUUACAGAACCUAUGUGUCCAACAUGUGGAGCUGCCAUUGACGUCAGUAAGUCCGGACGAGAUCACACCACUCCUCCCCAUUCAAAUCAACGACACAGCAUGUUCAGUUCCACAUUCUCACCUGGUGCCACAAUAUAA